CACCUUCCAGCAAAAUCGCAGUUUCAGAUCUUUCAUACGUGCGUCAAGAUGUAUGUUUGCUUGAAAAUGUGGGCUUUGAUUCACCUUCUGUGGCUUGUUAUGUCAAGCGAUGGAGGCCAGUGUCCCAAUGACAAACCUAAAAACUGCAAAUGUACCUUAUUUGGGAAAAGAUCCAGUUUUACAAGAUACAUAGUUGACUGCAUGGGUUAUGAGCAUGUACCAAGCGGUAUCCCUUCAAACACGGUGAUAUUGUAUGUUUUGUACGUUGUUAUUUAUCUUAAUAAUUGUCAAUACUAUCUUUUGAGAUCAGGGUUGGGUGAUUUUUUGGGCUCUUAACAGACCUGGAAAGACAGAAAGAAUAAAGAAACAAAUAAAUCGACCUUUUAAGGUAUUGGAAAGCGAUGUAUACAGCAAGACAAGUUAAGAAUCAAAUUCCGUCACAAGAUUACGCUUAGACGAAAAUUCUUGCCCAACCUAAAUCACCGAACCCGGAAUUUGUGAAUAUUUAACAAUUCUGUUGAAUGAAUAGCUUUGGUAUGAUCUGAACAAUUAUUGAGAUGGAGGAGGAAGUUAUCGCUGCUGGAUCUCCAUUAUUCAGAUGAUACGAAAGCCAUUCAUGCAAAAUAUUUCUUACGUGUAGUUUAAAAAGAAGCUAAAACAUGCUCACUUCAAUCAAAGAUCAACUGAUAAUUUCGAUGGAUGCAUGUUAAUCGGCAAUUUUAGGAGAUAAAGAGUUUUUAGCUCUGCAAAUAUUUUCCAAAUAGCAGAUGUUCUCCAUCGGGUAGUCUUCUUGCUGUUCUUGUUUUUAGCCAAUAGUUCGCCUAUUUCUUCCUCGGGAAACGAGUGAAACAACUUAACCUCGUCCCCAGGUCUUCCCGGUUAACGGUUGAAUAAUCUGACAAUUUUGAUGCACUCUUGACGUUAUUCUUCACAUAUCGCAAGAUUCUUCCAAAUUUAGUAGACAAAAGCUGGUUAUGAUGAACUACGCGUGCAUUUUAGCCAAUCAGAAACGCAGAAAUAUUUUGAAACAUAAUAAUUUACUUUAUGUUGAGGCUAACUCUGUAUGAAUGUGUCGUUAAGAUUUGUAUUCAGGGGUGGUUUUUAAUUCGAAACUGGAUUUUUGGUAGGAUCAUCUGUAGAACAAUGAAAAACAAAGACGUAAACGCGAUAGAACCGCGAAAAACAAAAGGUGCCCAAAAAAAGACAAGGUUCACAGUUGCGAAUCGAGUUGUUGCAUUACUUGCAUGUGAAUUCACGGACCUUAAUCGCAACACCAACGCCGUUGCGUGCACGUAUGUACCAUGCAUAUUGGUUGGUACAACACAGGCAUUCAAAGAAUAUGGACAGAUUCGGGAAAAAAUACAGUUAAUAGUCAAGAGUACUGCUGACCAAGAAGAGUGUGCGGGCUCCUCUUAUCGCCGGCAUUUAGUGAGAUAGUCAUGGGGUUCCAGACUGGUGGGUUGAUAAAGCAGGUCACACAUCGUUAAAGCAGAUUCCUAAUAACAGCUGCUCAACAUGUCCUACUUUUUUUCAGGAACCUUUCGAUGAAUUCUUUGAAAUCCAUUCAUGAAGACGCAUUUGCAAACCUCACUUUUCUAAAGAGAAUGUAAGUGAGUAAACGCUUUGUAGUGCAUGACUCUCGAUGAGUUAUUGAUCGGCUAAAGCACAACGCACAAAUGACGCCAGAGUGAUUAAAUUUUUGUCUGAGUUUUGUCAUUUUGCUCAUUUUACAUUGUUUGUAAUGACAGAAGACAAUCAAAAGUAAGGCAUUCACUUACGUUAAUUUCAAUUUGUUUUCCUGAGUCUGAGACCCCAUUUACAUUGGUCCGGACAAAGUUUUGAACUGAGCAAUUUUUUACCUGUGCAACCAGCUUACACGAAACCGUGUAAAUUCUGUCACAGAUUCCAGUAUUGGUUUUCGUUCCAAAAACUUACACGAUUCCGCGGAUAAACGAAAAGCGGAUACGUGCAGAUUUUAUUUUUGUCUGUUCACAAAUUUGUCCGGACUCGUGUAAACAUGGUCUUAGUUUUAUGAAUAGUAGCUGUACGCUGCGCUAUUGAUACCGAUGGUAAUAAAAUGUCACAACUAGCCUGUGAACAGGCUCUCUCUGUUCAAAGGCUAUUUGAAAAUACCACAACAAAGAACCCUGUAUAUCACGAGCAAGAUUAUUAUAACAGUGACUCAAAGACUUGACUCAACCCGGUGUCAGUUACUUGCAGAAAUUUACGCCAAUGCAGAAAUUAGGUUAACUGGUCUUUACGGUGGAGUUACUGUUUUUAAACCCACUUUCGGGUGUCAUUUGCUUUUACAGUGGAACUUCUAUUCAGGGGACACCCUUGACUGACAUCACAACUGAAUAGAAAAUGAAGCACAAAGCAGAAACUUGUGAUGUUCCGUAACCAGCUGAAAAAGAAGCCGGGACGUCUUCCAUCCUUCUUAGACAUUUUUUGGUUUCUUUGUUUUAAUUUCUGUAAUAUUUUUGUUGUUGUUGUUGUUGUUCUUGUUGUUUUUUACUUUUCCUCCUUGCUCAGUAGGCUCAAGUAUAACUGUAGUUCUUAUUUUAGAAUUAUUUUAGAAUUAUUCUUUACGGUUUUGCUAAUUUGGAUUAUUAUUCGCUUAUUCGUGUGACUUUCACACAAUGAAACGUUACCUUAAACUGAUAGAUGACUGUGUUUUUAUGCAGAGACCUUUCAAACAACCAGCUGAGGCUCAUUCCACGGAACACCUUCAGGAAUCUAUCAUCACUGGCAGUUGUGUGGGUUUUAGCUAUUACUGUUCAGUUUAAAAGUGUCAAAUUUAGAUCGUUGCUUAUGAAAAUAAAUUGUUGUGUUGAGCAGUGUUAGAUAACUAAUUUAAAACAUUGUUGGCUCUUGAAUCCUGGAUCCUGAAUUAAUAAAUCCAGGUGCUUGGUAUUCUGUAAGAGGACUAAAGCAAUAGCAGUUAGUAGCCGGAAUAAAUCUGUUUAACACUGAUUACCAUAAGCAGAUAGCACGAUGGCUCCGAAGCUCGGGCAAAGCGAACGAGAGCAGCUUAGAAAAACACCUGAUUCAACUAAACUCUGAAAGGUCGCUCUGGGAGAAAAAAAUUGAUUUACAGCAAAUUUGGUCAUGCAAAAUAUAUCGCAAAAAUGUGUAAACUGAGGAACAAAUCAGGGGCAAUGAUGGUAAAUGACGCAUUUGCCUUCUAAUUUACAAUCCCGCCAGAUUGGUAAAUUUACAAAUGUGGCAUUUACUAUCUUCACCAAUAGGCCAUUUGCGAUGCUCUUUACUCUCAUGCAAUAACUCUUGUACACAAGGAGGUUUUCUUACUUAAACCCAUUUCGAAAGUCAGAGAUUUUAGAACUCAGAAAAGGCCUGAUGACUGCACAUUUUUACGAUAUGUUUGCCGUGAGAAAAUUCGUACCAACAAGUCCCUUUUUACGUCCUGUGUUGGUCACUCUGCUUUCAAUGACUAUAAAUAUUAAUAAUUCAAACUACAAAUUAACAACAUCAAAAAAAUGGUUUAUCGAACACCACCGAGUCGCAUUGUAAGCGGAUAACGGAAAUGAAUGUACGCAAAAAUUAACCGUUCAUGACAUGUGGAAGUUCAAUGAACCCACCCUUGUUUCGGAUGGAAGCCUAAAGUAAAAUUAAUCAGUUUUGAAGCUAAUCCAUUAUCAUGCACUGCAUAUUACUUUUUAUUCUCUAAUUAUUGGAGGAAUUAAACAAAUAUUACGGUAAGUUGAGCUUUCCAUGAGCUUUUGAAAUAAGAAAUUCAUUAAGCCCGUGUAUUUUAACAAACAAAUAGCCUUUUGAAAAUAUCGUCUUAAGGGCGAGGUUAGGAGAGACGCCUUCCUCACCCAGAAAAAUCACCAGAAAUGAAAAGUUCCGAAAAGUUUUGGGGGGCCAGAAAACCUUUUUGGGUCUUUCGAGAACAGUCCGCCUGGUACGGUGGAGUUAAAUAUGGAAGGGGUUUUUUAGGUUGACUAUACAGGACUGCGAAUUUAUCAAUUGUGGGUUUUGUUGUUGCAGUUAUCUUGGUGAAAACUUUAUUAGCGGAGGAUUUCAUCUUCCCCAAACAGUAGACAGACUGUGAGUUUUUAUUCAAGUAGAUUUAAGUAAAAAGGAAAACAAUUUCAGGCGAAUUUAGCUCGUCCCACUUUCCUUGCCAGUGUUACGAAGUGAAACGUUUCUAUAACCCGUAAUCUUUUUUAGAUACGUUUAGAUACACUUGAAGGUCUGCGUUUAGACUUGCUAAAAGUCGAGCUCAAAUUUUUUCACGAGCGCGAAGCGCGAGCGGUAGAUUUUUUAUGUUUUCUGCGGCAAAAGCGAACGAGAGAGCGAGAGCUCGGGGCCAACGUUCGGAACCGGAAAUGAGAAGCGAAGGUCUUUGAGAAAACCUCGUCUGCGUUCAGUGUGUCGCAUGUUUAUUUUUAUGGAACGCGCGCUUGAAAUUGCAAAGAAUCAUCGGCAAAGAGGCGGGGGAAGUAAUGAGAGUAGCACCAAGCAAACAAUGUACACGCUUGUAGCCUAAUCCUAACGUUUUAAAAAGAAAGAGCUGUCAGUAAUCUGUCUUUUUUAAUCUUCACAACUGAUAGGGGUUUCUCCACACAGGUUUGAUAAAAGGGUAUUGUGUUUACUUGAGGAAGCAUGCAAUUACUGUUCUCGUUCAUUGUCUUUUUGUAGGGAACUUCAACAUAAUUUGCUUUCUUCAGGUGACUUAAAAGUCAUCCUCAAAGGAUUAAAUCAGCUGAAUUACUUGUAAGAGCUGCCAUCGUUCCUUUUUACUCAUUUCUCGCUUCUUAUUAUAUUGUGGUACCGAACGUUCCCUUUUCCCUUACACGAGUUACACGCUUCUCAUUGUUGGUGUGUUACGGAAGGGUUUCAGUACACCUGUAUAGAUGAUGAUUUAGUUUUCUGUAGGAUAAAUGGGAAAGAAAAAGUUGAAAAUCGCAAUUGUUGCAAAAACACGUCUAAAAUAAACUUAGGACCUCAAAAGAAUGGGAUGACAAAGACCUGCAUUCAACAACAAAAAUUCAAACUCUGCGAGCCUACAACCCUAAAAUUACCCUAUGCUCCCAGUACAUUAACUGAGUUGUUGCGAGAUAGGAAAACAAGAUUGCUCCUUACGGGCUACUCUCGGAUGCCAAAGUAGUCAUUAAUCCCUUAUUCAAGGCGUUUCAAAGAAUAUUGAUCGAGAACAGCUCCUUCAUCUUCAGUUGGCAAAGGUUAACAAGAGGGUCAAGCCUGCACGAUUUUUUUUUUGUUUACGCUUACGCCCUCCCUUUACUUGAUGCGGAAUGAUCAUUAAAUCUGUACUUAGAUCGAUAGAAUAAGACUUGGUUGUCAACGAACUAUUCAGCAGUUCUGUUUUACCUGUAUCCUAUUAUGAACACAUUUUCUGGGGCGUGCGAGAGGUAACUCCCCGUUGAUGGCUGACUUGCAAUAACUACAAAACAACUCCCCACACAUUUGCUCAAACCCUUUUUUCGUGCAUCUCAGUGUCAGCGGUUAUCUUCCCAAGCUCCACUUGGACUGAAAACAUUGGCGCUAAGGAGAGUUUAGAUGUGGCAUUUAAUUUCAAAAAACAGGCCAUUGGCACGAUGACGUCCUUUUACUAUAGUGUAUACACUAAGAUCAGAACUCAUUUCGUUUUUUUUUUUUUGCAUAUCAUCCCAGUGAGGUUUAAAUAACAAAAGCCCUUAUUUGCACAGGAAAGCAAAACCAUGAAGGAUUCUGGUAGUAGUAGUAAAAGAAUGAUGCCAUCCUGCAAAUGCCCUAUUAGUUAUCUUUUUUCUCAUGCCUUAAUUAGAUUGUAGUUUUUACAGUGACUUUCAUGAAUACGGUUUAGAAGUCGUUAGGAACGUCGUUAGGAACGCUGCAGAUCGGAUGAUGAGAUCAUUGAGCUGGUAGUAAAUUUGCUGAUAAUGAAUGUAAAUUUCUGGGUCCAUUGUGGAUGGAAGCUGUCCCAUUUCCCGUUUUAGAUGAUGUUUCCCGAAACCCAACUGUUUUUAUAGUUUUAUAUCAUUCAUCAUCUAAACAUUGGAUCGUUCAUCUUUCCUCCAUUUUCUUAGCAUGUUUCAUAAUGUAACUCCUGGCCUUUUAAAUAUUAUUUUCUAUCAGUAUUGUAUCGAUUAUUUUAGUUUUGAAAGUUUGUGUAAUUAUUUUCAGGUUUAGGGUCAAAUCUUUCUUACGUACUUACUUACUUUUUUUGAUAGAAAAGCUGAUAGCAAUAAACUUGGUCCUGUUCUCCAAGCAAAUCUUUUCAAUGGAAUAAGAAGACUAGAAAUUCUGUAAGCUGCAUUACAUUACGAUUUCCUCAAUUCAUAUUCCCUUCUCUUUAACCCUCGGACGUAAAAACAAAUUCAUACCCCCACCGCGGUACGGGGGGGGGGGAUGGAACACCUCCCCAGAGUUUUUGAUAUGCUGCAGCAUUUCGAAACGAUUUUGCCUUUAGUGGAAAGCCUUUGAUCUUCUUGACAAGAUGACGUAUAUUUUAUGGGUGGUGGCGCUGCUGGAGACCUGUGACGUCACCAACAAUGAUCGCCAUCUUGGAUUUUACCAAGAAUUGGAAAUCAGGUUAAAACCAAGAGAAAUGGUGAUUUUUUUUUGGUGCUUUACCUAAAAAAAUAACACAUAAAUAAGCACUUUGCAUGAUUAUAGCCACAAGAUUUGCUUUUUUCUGUUCAAUGAAGUUGAAAAAGAAAAAAACAAAAAAACAUGUUCGAUUUUUGCAAACUCAAAAAUCGGCCUUAUUUACCUAAUUUACUGUGACCGAAUUUGAUUUAUAAUUUUCUCAGUCUUUUUGUUUUGAAAUCAGUAAAGUAUAAAUUUCUGGAUUGCAUAGGUUGAAGCUUAAUUGUUGUAACUUUCUGGUUUUAAGUAAUUAAACGUAUGUAAAUGGACGCUUAGCUAAUUUAUAUUAGUAUAUUGGGUAUGUGAAAGGGGUAUCAUUAAUUUGUCAAUAGAGGGUAUGCGGGAAGGGAACCUUUUAUACCAAAAAUGGUUAUUUAACAAUUAUUCCUCGAGCCCGAAUGAGCUCUGAGUCAAUAGCUAUUGACUGAGAGGCCAUGAGGGCGGGAGGAAUAAUUGUUUUAGUAAAAUCCAACUAUAGUUGGUCAAAAAUAUCGAGACAAAACAACUUUAGCUAGCAAAACUUUAUUCACCCGCCAUUGUUUUGCAUAUAGCCUAGUAGUAGCUCAACCAAUCAGAACGCAGCAUUGAUAAUAGACAAAUAGUUGGAUUUUGGACGUCGGGGCAGAGCUUUCCCUAAUAAAAAUAGUUGGAGUACCUUUUGGGUUUGUAUUUUUUCUUUUUCACUUUUUAAAAAAUCGAAAUCAUGUUCUAAAUGUACAUGAUAUUUUCAUAUUUCAAUCUUAGUUUUUUUAUGGAAACUCUCUCGCAGUAAAUCAAAAAUAAGAAGCCCAACGUAUCGUCAGUUCAAGGAUAUUUGCAGAAAUUUUAAGUCUUGUAAAUCUAUUACCUAGUUAAGGUGUUCCUAAUUAGAAUUUAGCUAGAAAGGUCUGACGCUGGAAGAAAAUUUUGUCUUGCUUUAGGUCCCUCAGUAAAUGUGAGCUGAGGCAUAUCGAGACUGGAACAUUUACAGAAAUGAAAAAUUUAUCACAACUGUAAGUAUGUCAUUUUAAUUAAGCAAAACUGCACCACACAAUUCACUUUUGCGGUUAUGUAUUAUCUAUUUUAGCAGCAGGGGAAUCCUUACUGACGUCAUAGUUCACAUUUUUGCCAAUUAGCGUACUAGUUAACCUGCAUAUGCAAAUUAGGUUCAAAAGCUAAAAGAGCUGGUUAAUUUGAGCAGUUUGUGCAAUUUUCAGUUUGCAAUCAAUAACAAAGGGAAUAGAGGCACUCAAAAACUGCGAAAUUACUUGGCGGCAAAAGCGUUAACGAGCUCAUACAUGCUCUCCGAAUCUAUUGUUGGUUUUCACAUGACCUCACUAAAAUUCAAACUAAAAAACUAUCGAUCCUACCGAGAUUUUACUUUCACGAUACAUUAGAGCAGCUGAAAACUAAUUUUCAUAGAAAUUUUGGCUUCAAAAGAGUUCUUGGUUUUGUAAUAGAGUACGCUUGAAUUUCUAAGCUUUUGGGUGACGCGGCAUUUACAUGACGUCCAAGAGAGCUGUCAUGUAGGUUAAAAAAUGACUUAUUUCAGGACAUUUUGCUAUCUAAACAGUUCAUGUAUUAGAAAAAGUAUUACGUUAAUGUUUAUGAGUUUCUCGAAGGAUAUAUAUAAAUUCACGCUUUUGUAGCAAACUCGGUAACAGAUGUUUCUGUUGUUUUCCGUCCGCCAUGUUGGAGCUCAUGUAGGUGAGUAACAUCAUGGCGUCUCCAAACAAAUCUCUAUAAGUUUGGGUAAAACAUUCCUUCGGAUAUCUCGUAUACGUAAUAUUCCUCUGACCCGAAUCUUUCAUUUCCUUUCAUUUUCCAGAUUCUGUACUUUAUCCACCGAAUGGUUUUGAUUUUUAUUUUGAUCUAUUUUGAAUGGCGUGACACUGAAAACCAGCAAUUAGCUAUAUCGGGUUCAAAUAUUCAGAUGUAACUGAAUUUGUCAUGCUCUUUCAAUAUUCAGAGGUUUUAUUUUAUUAGCUUCCAUCAGAUAAUAAGGCAAAAAAUGUAAACAAAGAUAUUUCGCCUAUAACGGUCAAGCACUUAUGAAGUAAAGAAAAUCCCCAGCGAUUUAUUUACAUGUUUAAACGCGUCCCGAGAAGAGUCAAACUCAGUUCUUCACCCCUGCACAUCGCGGUCUAUUGAAAAAAAUACAGUGAAACCCGUAUUAAGCGGACACCCUGAGGGAAUGCUGUAGUGUCCGCUUAAUACAGGGUGUCCGCCUAAAACAGGUUUCGAUAGUUAACGUCACAUGAGGUGUCAAACGCCAUUCAAAUGAACAGUGGAAACGUUUAGAAUACUCCCGGAGACUGUGACGAUAUACGUUUGCAUUAAUUUCUCUAUCAAAGUUAACCAAUUGAUCAUAGUACCAUAAACAUAGAUUGCAACUCAAAUUUGAAGAAAUCAGAUGAGUAAAAAAAGCUUUAUACAAACAAAACGAAAUUGAAAACAAUACAGGACGGUGAAACUAAUCAAAUAAGUUCGUCAAGUCAAGUUUUAAUGUAAAACUCGAAAAAUUUGUAGGUGGCAAUUCGAGGCAAUCUUUCACAUUUCCGGUGUCUGGCAUGUUGGGUUGUGGAAUUUAAUUACAAGUGUCCGUUUAAUACAGGUUGGCAACAAUAGAAAUACUUUUAGGUGUCCGCGUCCGCUUAAUAGAGGUGUCCGCUUAAUAAAGGUUUCAUUCAAAGUAAAUAAGGGAGAAAAAUUUUGGGACUUCGGCUACUGUCCGCUUAAUAGAGGGUGUCCGCUUAAUGCGGUGUCCGCUUAAUACAGGUCUCACUGUAGUCCUGAGAGCCAUUCUAGUUUCAAAGCUAAGAUCGGCCAAUUCCGCGAUUUUAUGGCAAAUAGUCUAAGUUAAUCGCUUCGCCUGAAAAAUCGUAGACAGGGGUGUUUCUGCACAACAAAACGGAUCAAGUCAUUUCGGAGCAAGUCAUCGAGCCUUACAUACCGCAUUAAGUUUUCAACUUAAUAGCGCUCUCGACCUCCGGCCAGUAUCACUCCGAGCUAGUAAUCGCUCUAACGCUCUUGAUCAAAGGGAUGUUUCACAGAUAUUUAUAGUAUGGCGUCCUGGUAGUACUUUUUUCAAUCUUUUAUUCUUUUUCUUUUUUAGUCGUCUUGGGAAGAACCAGUUAACUAACAUACAGGAGGGUACAUUACAGGGGCCUGAACAACUAAGCAUAUUGUAAGUAAUGAACUGACACUUUUUUGCGAUAUAUUUCUGUUUUUAUUAUGUGUGCAUAUAUUUUUUAAAUUUCUCCCAUACUAUAUAUUUUUAUCUUUAUUAUCACCAAUUUGUACUAACUUUUGUUUAUUGCUAUGUAUGAUUAUCAAGUUUACAUGUACUUUUUGGUAACAGACAGUUGCAAAAAGACCUAAUAAUGAUCAUCACCACAGAAGAAGGUUAACUAGCUAGAACCUGACCACAUUAAAAUGAAUAUAUUGUGAAAUAUUGUGUAACAAAGCAACAGGUAGAUAACCAAUUUUAUUAAUCAUGAGCCGACACAAUCCUGUUACAUAACUAGUAUACUAGGGUUAAAUUUAACCGUUUUGGUGUCUAGCAAGGUCUAGCUAGGUCUAGUCUAUGACGUCACCGAUUUGUCAUAACCUGGGGAAAAAGUGGAUUCCCUUUAUUAAUAUGUAUAAGUGUCUUCCUGCAUACUAAUUUGGAUUUCCUGCAUACUAAUUAAGUGUCUUCCUCCAUAUAUAAUGAAGUGGAUAGGUUUACUAAUGAGCGUCACUCUACUACACUCUACUAGUUUCCCUCCUCAAUGUUUUUAUUCCCUCCUCCACAAGGGGGAAGGGGGAAGGGGCUAUAGAGAUAGAGAUUUUCUGGAACUACACAAUACACGUUCUUAAUAAACUCAAUUUACAUAAUAACGGCUUAAAGGGACAGCUUCACGGUUCAGCGCAUGCUCAUUUAUCAAAAUGCUAUUUUUAUGCCGGGACAUCCUGUAUCGUCUAUGCAAGCAAUAUGAUCAUGUCAUAAUGUCUUUAAAAAGCUAAUCUGCACUCUCCCCUGGCAGUCACUUACACUUGAUCAACUUAAAAAUUCGCAAAUAGCGGUAAAUUAAUCAAGCAUGGAAUAAAACCUUCGGGUCAACAAUAAAUUCAACGUUGGUAGAGUUGGCAUGAUAUUCCUCCAUCCUACUUCAGGUUACUCUGAAAUACACAUCUACUUUGAAAUACACUCUGAGAUCGCUGAGAUACAUGUGAGUGGGAUUAGUAACCGAUAGAAUUAAUGAUAAAUUGGAAAAAGUAAAUUAAUUAAUGAGCAUGCGCUCAACCGUGAACAUGCCCCUUUAAAGAACAUUCCUUCAAUAUCAUGUAUGAAGGAAUGUUCUUUGCAUCUUUGAAUGUUCUGUCAUCACAUGUGUCGUGUAAGUAACUAAGAAAGACCUCUACUGGGCAAAAUUGAGGUUAUUUUAGACUGUAUUAACAUAUAUAAAAAUAUUUUUCUCUCUUUCUCGCAGAAACAAUUAUCUUUCGCAUAAAAGUAUAGUGCAAGGGCAUUUUUUGGGAAAAUGUUCUUUCUAGGGGGUAAAUAACCAAGUUGGAAAAUUACAGAAAUUCCAGGGGUUGAGGUUGUAGGACAAGCACCGGCCGGAAUGGAAAUUUUUGGGGGGGGGGGGGGGGUAACACAUUUUGAUUUUGGCGGGGCUCCACAAGUUUAUUUUAAUGUUUAAAUGUUCUUUGUCUUAUCCCUGCUUUUCUAUUUAUUUAUUUUUUUUUUUUGGCUGAAGAUAUUUACGGGGAAACAGGAUUUCCACGAUUGCCGAUGGGACAUUUACAAGACUUAAAUAUCUUAGUUUAUUGUGAGUUGAUUUUGUAAAAAGGUCACUUUUAGACACAUGUACUCAAUUUAGUAUAUGUACUCAAUACGAAUUGACAAAAAACAAAUCAUGUAAGUGAAUGGAACUUAAUCAGGGAAUGAACUAUUCCUAAUUUGUUUUUCUCUUUGAUUCUCUUUGAUUCUUUUUUUCAAAUCUAUUGCGAAAAAGUUAUACGAAAAUAUUAUUCAGAAGACUACUUCUCUUACACUAUCGAUUCACUUUUGCUCUCAUUGGCACAUGUAAAAAGAGGAAGUCCUUUAUCUCUUCCGGUUUCUGUUCAGAAAACAAAGUUUUAUAUGGAAAAACGUACUCUCUUGAGAGGAAGCAAUUAUUCUACUCAGGCCUGGUUGGCAAGCCUCGCUGACAAGUGUUCAUUUUUCAUGAUCUGAGUGCUGAGUACAAACGUUUGUCUACUAGUUCGCCUACUGCGUCAAUCAAACCAAAACUUCUUACUAAAUAUCGUUUAAAAAGUUUUCAAACUUUCGCCAACAAACCAAUUUUGUGCAUUUCAUUCUGACUUUGUUAUAUUACGUUAAAUCUUAUUUACUACCCACAAAAUAAAUGAUGCUGAGCCUCUCCAUCUUGAAUCAUCGUUUAUUUCAACAGGGACUUAGCUGAAAACCAUUUGAUUUCCGUGCCAGAUUUAACAGGACUGACCAAUGUUUCAACCUUGUAAGCAACUGUAACUCUACUUUUAAGUCAACUUAAAAGUUUUAACUUUUAAGUAUAUGUAGAGGAUCGGUUUUAGAGAAGUUUUAACUUGUAAAACCCCCUAUAUAUACCCUUCUCUCCAAUGAAUGUAGCCGUUUUGUGGUGGCUUCAGAUACGAUGACGGUUAUCGUAGAAGUACUUGCAGUUCUCCGCAUGACAUAACGGUCUCCUUCGGGGCCGCUGAUUGGACUGAAUCUAGACUGAAUCAAGACAACUUUGUUUCCACUACUCUCAAUUUACUGUGAAGCAUCAAUGCCCACCUCCAACCUAACCUCUACCACGUUUAACUCUAAGGGUUACCCAUCUCCCACACCCUUCCCCCUUCAGUAUCGUUAUGUCACAAUACCCAUACUCCUUUUG